UGCUGCUGCUUUUCGUCCGUGUGAAAAAUGUUAUCCGCUAUUCGGCGUCGCAGUCGUGGCCACUAAUUUUUACCUCAAAAACCAAACGGCAGCGUACUUCAGUGAGUUGAACACUUGGGAAGACUUGAAAAGGGUUGCGUAAGCCAUGAUCUGAGGUGUGAAAAGUCUGCAUUGUCUGACUGGACGCUGGAGUUACCAUCACUCAUGCUGCACGCACACACACCAGCAAUGUCUCAUCCUGAAUCCUGUACGACUGUGUGGGACUGGUUAUGUGUGCUGCGUCUGGAGCAGUAUUCUGAGGCAUUUCAGAGCGCCGGGCUGGAAACGUUACGACAAUGUCGCAGCCUCACACAAGAUCAGCUGGAGCAGAUGGGAAUCACCCUGCCAGGUCACCGGAGACGCAUCCUGGCUAGCCUGAACAAAACGCAUGGUAAUAAUGACACACAGUCUGACACACAUGCUCACCCUGUACAGUCUCAACAAGAUCAGAGAUUGGAGGAAACGGGACAUGUAAAAGUGUUGCAGAGAGAGAGACCUGUGCCGAUCCCAGUGGAAGAAAAACCUGUUCUUAAGGAAAUGAAGAAAAGAGAUGAAGAGACAUUGAAACCUACACCCAGGGAAAGAGAGAAACCAGUCCCCAGAGAGAGACAAGUGUCCAAGAUGAAAGAGGAAAGUGGAGGAGGAGAGAAGAAGCCAGUUCCUGGACAAAGACAAGUAGUGCCUAGAGGAGGAGGAGGAGAAGAGGAGGAGAGGGAUGGGGGAAUAGAUGGAGAGAGAGAGAGACCUGUUCCUAAAGAGAGGACUAAGUUUCGCCCGGGUCCUACAGUGGACUGUCACUCCAACUCUCUUGUCCCUCCAGUGUCUGACACCUCUUUACCCCCUGUCCCCCCACGCAGCACCCUCAACUGCCCCCCACAGCCGUUCACCUCUCCCCUGAGCCCCUCACUUCCUGCUCGAACCCCUGUCUCCCCUAAACGGGACAGACCCGCACUUAAAGCCCCGGCUAUACAGAGCAGAUCUGUGUCCCAGAGUUCCUCCCCCACCAGCACCCCUACACAUUCCCCGUCACAAGCACCUCUCCACCCUCCCAGUUGCCCCCCUGCCCCAGCUCAGCCUCAGACGUUAGCCAUUCAGCCAGCUGGCCAACAUUUAGGUAGUGAUGAAGGAAGAAAGUCUUCACCUGUCUCCCCCAUCACUUACCCCAGUGACGACAGAAAUGCUCCACCUCUCCCUCCAAAAGCAGGGGCAGUACCCAAAGGCCCUCCACCAAUCCCACAGCGAUGUCCUGCACAGUCUCCCAUAACUCACAGCCCCUCUCCCACUAAGACAACUGCUGAUGAGAUGCAGAAAGACCAAACUCCACAGGUCCCACCUCGCAUCAGGAUACCACAAACUGUCGAAAACACACAACAGACAACUCAACUUGACACUCAGCCGGCUCUGCCCUCCAAGAGGGUCUCCCAACCUCCCCGGUUGAAUUCACUCAAUGAUAAUUCUGAUGAAUACGAGGAUCCAGAUUUGUUUGUCCCCAGUGGUCUUCGAAUGAACGCACCAGACACGGAUAUGUCACUGCAAGUGCCCGGACAGCCAAAGAAACGAUACAAUUCUUUGUGCAGCGACGAUGAGAUGUUGGAUGAUGAUGAGCCUACCCUAUGGCAGGAUGGGAGCAUUAGCAACCUCCAAGGCAGUGUCUACCUGCCAAACUCUGGCAGACUGUCAUCAGCCUCUAAAGAAGACAGCUCUCAGCUGGAUGCUGUCAUCAAGAUGGGCUGGCUGGACAAGAAUCCACCUCAGGGGGCCCUUUAUUAUCAGAGACGAUGGGUAAAGCUGGACGCUGACUACCUGAGAUACUUUGAUAAUGACAAGGAGGUGUAUUCUAAGGGCAUCAUCUCUACUGCUUUCAUCACUAAUGUGACCAGUGUGGGAGAGCUGAAGUUUGAGGUGGUCACAAGCAAUCGAACAUUUAUCUUCAGGGCUGAAAGUGAAGUCGAGAGAAACGACUGGGUGACUGUACUGCAGGACUGCACCAGGGGGCGCCAGCCGCGCAACACCAUGAGUCCUAGCUCUCCUUUGACCCCAGACUAUCAGGGCUGUCUGGAGCUCAGAGGCUUACGUUCAAAACUUUAUACUGUUGUCGCCUCAGAUAAAGUCUUCCUCUACAAAAACAGUGAGGACUAUCGUAUAGGUGUGGGUAUCACAUCCAUCGAGAUGAAUGUAGGAAAUGUUAAAGACACAGAUCGUCGGAGCUUUGAUCUUACUACACCUUACCGCAUAUUCAGUUUCAUCGCAGAGUCGGAGCAGCUGCGAGAGCAAUGGGUGGAUGCCAUGCGGGAUGCUAUAGGUGAGGCCUUGUCGAAUAGCGAGGUGGCAGAGCGGAUCUGGGCGGAGCCUAGCAACAGUUUCUGUGCCGACUGCGGGGCUCCCAAGCCGGAAUGGGCUGCCAUCAACUUGUGUGUGGUGGUCUGCAAACGAUGCGCAGGACAGCACAGAGGACUGGGUCCUAGCAUCUCAAAGGUUCGUAGUCUGAAGAUGGACAGAAAAGUCUGGACAGAGGAGCUUUUACAGGUGUUCCUGUUGCUAGGCAACGAGCGGGUAAACAGUUUCUGGGCAGCUAACAUCCCGCCAAGUGAAGCUUUGACACCCUCUAGCUGCAGCGAAGAGAGGCGACGCUUCAUCACCAACAAAUACCGCCAGGGCAAAUACAGGAAGUACCACCCUCUGUACGGAAACCAGAGAGAGCUCAACAAUGCUCUAUGUAUAAAUGUGCAGUGCAGUGAUGUUCUGGAGACAUUAAGCCUGAUUUUCUGCGGUGCAGAUGUAAAUUGUUCAACUGGUAUGGCGAGUUGGCCCACCCCUCUCUCCCUGGCCAACGCACACUCACAACCUUUACAGGCAGAGUUAAUUAGCCACAAUCUCAACACAGAGCUACCACGGUUAGAAGUGGGCGGAGAAAUGGAACCAUGGGUCACAUCACAUUACCCAACAGCACCUUGUGUGUCUCACAAUGGCUUCCUGUUCAAGACGGGAUCUAUGGCGCGAGCUAUCACAGAGCGCAAGGCCAGAGAGGAGUUCAGUCGUCGCUGGUGCACGCUGAAUGAUGGCACUUUCAGCUACUAUGAGAGCGACAAGAACUCGAACCCGAACGGAGUGCUGAAGGCUUCAGAGAUAGUGUGUUUGGCUGUCGACACUCCUGAGAAACAUGGGUAUGAACAUACCUUUGAGCUCUACUCAGAGUCAGAGCGUCUCUAUCUGUUUGGCACUGAUGACCCAGAUAGCCACAAGGAAUGGGUCAAGUCUAUUGCCAAGAGCUUCAUCCCAGCCACUGCAGAACCUUUACUGAGGUUGAGCUUUGUGCGGAUUGGGCGACUGAAGUGUAAAGAUGGCUUGAACCUACAAACAUCCAAGGUUGGCUGGUUUGCUCUGGUAGGCUCCACACUUCAUGCCUACCUGGCAGACAGCCAGGGAGAGGAGAUCCACCUCCGCAAGCUGAAUGAACUCUCGAUUCAACAAGAUAAUGAGGUGCUGGUUCUGGUGGAGAGAGGCAGAACUCUGUACAUAGAGGGAGAGAGGAAGUUGGACUUCGCCGGCUGGUGUGCGGCUAUCCAGGCGGCAGCAGGGAGUGGAGGAGACACACUGAGCCAGCAGCAGCUGACAGAGACAGACAUACCUGUUAUAGUACACAGCUGCAUCGGCUACAUCACACAGUGUGGCUUGACUUCUGAGGGGAUAUAUCGUAAGAGCGGUGUGAACUCCCGUGUGGCCGCACUGUGCGAGAAAUUCCGUCAUGAUGCUCGCAGUGUUCGUCUGAGGGAGGGAGAGCACCAGGUGGACGACGUCUCUAACACACUCAAACGCUUCUUCAGGGAGUUAGGAGAGGGACUGUUCACGUCAGAGGAUGGCAGUACCUGGCUCAGUACUGCUGCCAUUCAGGAUGAAAGUAUGAAAAUCUCCCAGUACCAGCUACUGUUGAACAGACUGCCUCAUGUCAACAAGGCUACACUACAAGCCCUUAUCAACCACCUCUAUUGCGUGCAGCGUUUCUCUGAGAUGAACCAGAUGAACCUCCAUAACCUGGCCAUAGUGUUCGGUCCCACACUGUUCCAGACUGAUGGGAAGGACUACACUGCGGGUCGUGCCAUAGAGGACCUCAUACAGCACUACACGCUCAUCUUUGAGGUGGAUGAGCAGCAGCUAAAGAAGCAGCUUGAGGAGAUCACUGUUAUCAUCCAAGUGCGAGAGAAGCUCAACACAAAGUUUCCUAGUACUGAACCUGGCGGACACUUCAUCUGUACUGUGUACCUGGAGGAAAAGAAGGACACAGCAGAGCAACAUGUCAAGAUCCCUGGUUCUAUGACAGCAGCAGAGCUGUCCUGUGAGGUCCUAGAUCGGCGUAACAUCCCUGUUAAAGACAAAGAGUACUGGAGCUGCUGGGAGGUCAGCGACAAGGAGGAAAUGGAACGUCCACUGCACUAUCAGGAGCGAGUCUUACCCAUCCUUCACUCCUUUGGCACUGACUCCCAUCUGCUCAUUAAGAAACAUGUCGCUAUGGACUCAAUGAUCCUCUACCUGGCUAGUAAAGUGGAUGCAUCCAAGCAUGGGAUGAUGAAGUUCAGAGAAGAGCGAAGCAUCUUGGGAUUGGGACUUUCCACUGGAAGUUUCCAUGACCGAUAUUUCAUCCUUAAUUCCAACUCUCUCAGAAUGUACAAGGAAGUCAGAAGUAACCGUCCAGAACGUGAGUGGCCAGCAAAAAACCUAAAGGUCUACCUGGGUAUUAAGAAGAAGCUCCGUCCUCCCACAUGUUGGGGACUGACGGUGGUGUAUGAAAGUAAGAAACAGGAGAAGCCAGAGAGACAGCAGUGGUAUCUCUGCUGUGACACUCAGUCAGAAAUGAGGGAGUGGUAUGCUACUUUUCUCAGUAUCCAGUACGAUGGCGACGUGUGGCCUCAGGAUGGACUCAAGCAGACACGGGUGAGCCGCGUGUUACCGGACACGCGUCAUGGUAACGUGUCUCUGAUACCACUGCGUGGCAGUGAGAAUGAGAUGCGGAACAGCGUUGCAGCUUUCAGCCAAGACCCGCUUGCUCUCUUUAGAGAUGUUCGAUAAGGGUCGCUGCAAGACAGGGCAGACGGUCAGCCUCAGAUGACCUCUGAACAUCCGGGUGAAGACAUCAUUCUCUACUGUAAGGUCCACAAUGACGGACACUGUUUGUGGAUUAUGGCCUUACACUGCCGUCUGUUCCUUCUGAAUAUGAACUGGACCAUAAUGGACAACAGGAUCACAUGAAAAAUUAACCUCCAAUGGUGCACAAAUGACUUUUACUUUACUUUAUGUCCAGUAAAAGCAGCUGGGAGCUGUGGCAUUAAAAAUGGAAGAGAGACAGUUUGAUGGACCACAAUCACCCUGAAGAUUUCCUAACUGGCUUCCAGCUCAUGUGACAAGUCUGCCCCCAACUGCAUUGCAUUAUGGGACAGAGGCAUGAAAGACAUGAAGAGAGAAACUUUAUUUUCUUUCUUGUUUGUUUUCAGAAAAGAAUCUGGUUAUUCUAGGCAGUAGCGCUUCUAGGCACACUAGUGCUUAACAUAUAUAUAUAUUUUUUUUCAAAUAGAAGUUGAAGUUUAUUCACUUGCAGUUGUCGCUGAAUCUGAUUUAUUAUGUUCUGUUGUUUUUCGCUCUCUUUCUCUACUAUUGCUCAAAGAAUUGUUGGGAUAGUCCUGCAGUUGAAAAUUGCUCUUGUAAGCAAAGCUGAUGUCAUAGGAGACAGUGACACUGAUUUUAUCCCCAGUUCCACAGGGACGGAGAGAAAAGCAGAGAAAGGACAGAUGAUGGAUCUGUGUCUGUUACUCCACAGGACAUUUGCCAGUACUGUGCAAAACCUCUGCCAGAGUUGCAUAUUAGUCGUCUGCAUAUGUGCACCAGUGUGUAUACAGUAUGUAUGAUUGUGUGUAGGAGUGUUUGUGAGUGGAAGUUUCACAUACUUGUUGUAUGAAAUUGUGUCUUUUGGAGAGUGAAGGAAGGAGUUGUGCUGAAAAUAUCAAUUUUCUCAAGAUUAAAAGAAGAGGGCAAAAUGUUUUUUUCCACAAACUGUAAGACGUAAUAUACAGUACAUGGGCAGUUUUGUUAUUAACCAUCAGUAUUUAUGAAGUUUUAGAUUAUGAUUUAGUCAUAUUGGGAUCAGUGUGUCUUUUAUUUGUCCAUUAUACAUAGAUUCUUUGCAACAGUAUAUUGUUGUAGUCUGUUCAUCAAAACCCCAACACAGGGCACAGGACUUCCUAUCUGUAAGCACAAGAAACAAAUUAAACUACAUUAUAGUCUCCUAUCAUGUAAAUAGUCAGCCAUGAAGCAAUCUGUAUUAACUGUACUAAUGUGUCAGUUAAUUGUCAGUUGCCUUUGUACCACCUGUAAUGUUUUCCCCUUGUAAAGAUUUUUCUUUUUUUAUUUAUUUGGACAGCACAGGACGCUAGCUGCUGUGCUGCAGCUGCUCCACCUCUGCUGAUCGGCAUGUUCAGCUAAGUGUUAGUUUUAAACACCUUUUAAACAAUGUGUGUGUGUGUGUGUGUGUGUGUGUGUGUGUGUGUGUGUGUGUGUGUGUGUGUGUGUGUGUGUGUGUGUGUGUGUGUGUGUGUGUGUGUGUGUGUGUGUGUGUGUGUGUGUGUGUGUGAGAGAGAGAGUAUGUGAUUAGCUGCCCUCCAGCCCAGACCUCAACAGGAGUCUAGAGAAGACUGUAACAGGAUUACACUUCCUGUAGAAAAUAUUCAUUCCCUCCAUGUACUUUCUUUCAUGUUUUAUUGUUUUCAGCGUUGAAUUACUGUAGAUGUAUGGUAAGGGCUUUUGACACUGACCACCAGAAAAAGUGAAAGCAGAUAUUUAAACACAAAAUAAUUGUUUGUACAAGUAUUCAGACUUUUUAAAACAAUAAGUUAUGUUGCUGUGCUCACAGUACGCUCCCACAAACGUUUGACUGAAUUAAGGUUUGGGCUGUGCAACCUCAACUCAUCAGACAGAAUAAUCCUAAUCCACUUUGUCUGUUGUCUAUAUGCCUUCAAACUUCUUUCCACAGCCAUAAAGCCCCAGUUGCACUCUGGUGCCCUGUUUACACACGUUGUUACACAGUUGUGUUCCAAUUAUGCCAUUUCCUUUCCAUUAUUUUUUAUGUUGGAUCUUACUCCACUUAAAUGGGUAAUUUAGUUCUCUGGAAGUAUUCUUGCAUCCUUCCCUCACAGAUAUGAAUGUUCCUUUGUCGUCAUAGCUUUUAUAGGAAAUUGAAAUCGGGGUGUUGGAGCUUUCACAUGCAGGUGUAUUAAACUAAGUUACUUUUCACACCUGCCUUACUCACAAAUGAUCCCCUUUGCACUUGACUGCAGCCAUGUUGGGUGAAUGCAAUUAUUAUUUCCUGUUUUAUCUUUUUUAUGUUGAUCUCUAUCAAAACGUCGUUAGUCCACAGUGAUUCAAUGUUGUUAAACAGUAAAGUCAAAGUCCAACAGGCGGUGAUGGAUACUUUUUAUAAGCAGUGUACAUUCUCUCUCCGUCUGACUGUUUUCUUAUUCUGUUACUCUGCAUUUUACUGAUUUUGCAUCUCUGAAACUCUAAUAAACACAUUCAGCUAGU